AUGUUUGCUGAACAGAUCUGUUCAGCACGCACCAAGGUACUAGCCCCCCUUGUGGGUGGUAAUUACACGGGCAAGGUGGUGGUGGUGGACAUGGGCAUGUCGCAAUGUGCCCCAGGAGUACGAGCCGCUAACGUCAAAAACUCCACAGCACGGGCUGCUAUCUACAUUCGACCAGAUGGGUCGUUCGCAAGCGAGGCUCUCACAGGUUCCAACGAACUCAUCAACGUAAUCAUGUUCGCCCUGGUGACUAAGGCACAUGGGGAGUACAUUAAGGCAGUUCUUAAUGACCCAAGAAACCUGAACGUUCAUCUUCAAGCAUUUGACAAUCGGCAACUCAAUGUGGGCGUGGACAGCAUUGCCGCGUUUUCGUCACGUGGUCCUUUGGCGGACGGCCGCAUCAAGCCCGACAUAGUGGCGCCAGGAGACCCCGUACUAUCGGCAUUGUCAACAGGAACGAUUUUGCCGGGCAUCAAUAGCAGCACCUGCUCUAACGGCAAUACGUAUUUAUCAGGAACGUCGAUGGCGACGCCCAUGGCCUUCGCUAUCGCUGGAGCGAAAUCCUUGAAGUACCGGCGUCGGACACCCAGACACUACGGCAUGAUUAUUGGCCACAAUUGUAGAGUAGCUGGUACACAGUACAGCUCUACAAAUCCGCGCGAAGCACGACCACCAGCAUUUGGAGAGGCCUUUUCAGCGGCCAGCUACUACAACGACGAAAAGUUCCAAAGAGGCACCUUCCAUGCAAGCAGGUCAAACCCCACUCCACGGCUCGGAAAGCGGCCCUGUGCAACCAGCACCAGCAAGAAGGACCCUCCCCUGCCCCGCAUUUCGAAGGGGUGGCCGUGA